UAGCCCAGAGCCAGAAACCCAGUGGCAUUAGCUUGGGCCUCAGAGGGUGGAGCUCUUGGAUCUGGGGAGGGCGGAAACAUCAAAGUGACCAAAGCAGUCCAGUAGAGGAGUUCUGGGAGGCACAGGAGAAGAUUCAGCCCAUGGAAAUCGAAGAUCUUGGUGCAGGGAAGCAGGAGAGAAAGGCAAACACACAACAGAUUCCUAGAUGGUGGAAUAAAUAUCUUCCAACUACCUACUUGUCCUGGCCAGUACAAACAGAGCCAAGCAGACUAAUACGACGGGAUCGUGAUGUUGACGGGGAUUAUUCAGACUACGGAACGCCUCCUCCAUCACCUACGCCUCCCUCUCCUCUCACGUCUCCUUUUCGAUUCUUUGCAGAAAGCUGGAAGCUGGAAGUUGUACCAGAGCACUACGACAUCUGCUUCAACUUCUUGCGCCACUUGUUUGACCUGUUUGUAGUGGGCUUCCUGUGGACUGUGUCCCCUCCCACCAAGCUGGUCCUGGAGGUUUUGGGGGUCCAGGGGGCACUGAGGCUGUGGUUCCAUGGUAUGGCCAUGUUCUUUGUCUCCACAGUAGGAAUGGCAGGAUUACUGUGGCUGAUCCAGGAGUAUCUCCCUCAGUUUGCUUUGAUCUACGGCAUCGUGCAGGCGCUGGUGAUCUCUGUGAGUGUGAAACAGAGUGUGAUCCUUGGAAUGGAGGAAGAGAAAGAAGAAAAGGGAGAGGAGGACAAGGACAUACGUGAAGUGAAAGACAGUAAAGAGAAGCUUGUGUCUGCAAAGGACAAGAUGAAGACAAGUUAAACUUUAGGUGGUGAACUGUUGCUCUCUCUUCAGGAAUCCAGCUGCAGGUCAUGACAUCACUGCAGCAGGACACACACACACACACUGUUUUGACUCCACCACUGUUCUGCAGCGUGACUACAGAACUCUAUUGCAUAUUCAUUAACAACUCCUACAAGUUGUACUUCUGUCACUUUAUGUUCAACACUAUUGAUCUACAUUAUAUAUAUAUACACACAUCUUUCCUCACUGGAUCUUAAUGUUGUUACCAGAAUGUAGACAGUGAUGGUUCAGUAUGGAAAGUAAAGUACAGUAAUACUAUAAUCAGGGUCCCAAACAAUCAGGAAAUGCCUGUUAAGUCAAAAAGAAAUGAUCCUGUUUACAUGUUGUAUUGUGUCAUGAUAAACCAUGAGACAAGUGUUCCUCUGAGAAAUACACAAUAAACUUGGCCCAAGAUAACCAAAGACAGAAUGAGCAGAACAUAAGCAUUCAGAAGGAGGAAAUAAGUGCAAACAUUACAAACCACUGCAUCAAAUCAACUAAAUCAUCUGUAGAAUUCAAAGAAAACAUUGUAAGAGAUGAAAGGAAGUAUUGUAAGAGGACAGAAGAGGCUUCAGAUAGGCUUGCAGCCAGUGUUCAGACAAUCCUUAGUUAUAGUGCUCCUGAUAGCUCCAGCUGUGUAAGAAAUGAUCUAUGAAUAAACAAAAUAUUCAGCCUGUGAAUAGUGUUCAUGUUAGAAAGUAGUGUACCAUGUAUGUGAGCAUGUUGUCACAUAAAGUCAUGUUAACCUUUUUUUUGUGGGGUAACCCUGUAUGGUUUUGAUGGAACCUCUGUAUGCUGUCCCCAUUGAAAUGAAUGAGAGGUGUUCAGACUUACUGUGAUUAAUGACACCACAGUAAAGUAAACCACUGUGCUUUACUGAAGCAUGAACAAGCACAGUGAUGGUUCAGGUGUUGCUUAGCCAUGAGUCCAGUCCAAAGGGAGGUGAAGAGUUAGACUCUGAAGUACACACUGUAUUAGGUGAAUUUUGGAAUCAUAAGUUUUAUAAGUGCAAUUCUUCUUAAAGGCUGAAGUGUCUGUAGAGGCAUGCUCAUCUUUUAAUUCAACUAAAGCUUAUAUUGGACAAAUUCAACUUUCCUGUUUCUUAGUCCUUGAAUGUGUCCGUCAGACAGGAAGCUGUUAAUAUAUCACACCACUACACACUCUGAUGCACUGUGUUUGGAAACAGAAGCAUUAUUCCAUCACUGUGUCAUCCCCUACUUUUGUACAAUAUUCUAAACUGCAAUAUAGCUCCCAUACACUGUCUGCAGUCUGUGAUUGCUCAAAUUAAUAUUGUUACAGUGGCGUCCAAACGUCUGAGAGCAAUAAAGAU